AUGUCACCUACACAUUUUGCUGUCGCUGCGGCCUUGGCCCUUAUCCUUCUGGUCUCAUUCAGCUACUUGCACUCGUCAAUCACCAUCAGCACCUGUGUUUUCCUGCUGCCAGCUGGCGCAGCGCGAUUGGCCCAGCCCCAGCAUCAAGCCAUUCCGACGGGUGGUGUCAACGCAGUUGCCUUGCAAGAUUCUCUGGAACAGAGUCAGGAGCAAGAGGGGGAGAAGUCAAAGUGUAAAGCAUGGCAAGACAGCAUCUCAGCGAUUGGAUUUGUAGAGAUAAAGCUGCCGCCCGGGGCGAGGGACUUUGAAGAGGAGCCGAUUCGGAUCUACGAGACGAAGCAGCUGUACUAUCCACAACAACAUUGCGAUGUUGGAUGCAGAACAUUUACCCCUUCUGCACCUCCAAAGGAUGACGACACUCCAUGGGAUGCCGUUGCUCACUUCGACUCCCACCCCAACGAAAUCAACCGCUCCCUUGGGAGCACCUUCGUCUUGCGCAACAUCGAAAGCCCGUCGAACUUUGGGCACCAGCUGUCCGUUGAUCGAGCACGAUCGGACGGCUAUGAUGUUACCGUGGCUUUCGAGCUCGAUGCAGACGUCCCGGUGGUAUACACCAACUUCGACGGGGCCGGGGACUUUUUCGCGCGGCCGAUCGACUACGAGGACAAGGUGCCGGCCACGGCGGCGUUCAUCUCGAACUGCGACAUGGUGACGAGUUUCCGGAUGGAGGCAAUGCAGCGGAUGCGGGAGCUCGGGGUGGUGGUCGACUCGUACGGAAAGUGCGGGCACACGAAGAACGUCACGGGUGAGCUGCCGAGACAUAAACGCGAGACGGUCUUUGCUUUGGGACACGACGACUGGUACGGAAUGGAGCACGUGUACAAGUACGAGUCCAAGCUGGGGCUCACUCAGCGUUACAUGUUCUACUGCGCCUUCGAGAACAGCAUCUGGCCGGAUUACGUCACCGAGAAGUUUUACCACGGCUUGCGGACCGGCGCCGUACCGAUCGUCCUCGGCGCGCCCAACGUGGGCGAAUUUGCCCCGAGCCCGGACUCGUUUCUGCAGAUAAGGAGUCUGGAGGACAUCCCUGCGGUUGUGGAGAAGAUGAAAGAGGCGAUGCGCAACCGGACGUACUACGAGAGCAUGCUGGCGUGGAAGUCGGAGGCUCCAUCCGAGACCUUCAGAGCGAUCACGGACAUGCCAGCUGUCCACCCCACGUGCCGGCUCUGCAUCCUAUUGGCCGACCGCAUACGACAAAAGGAAUGGCGGGAAGGCCGGGGCAACAGCAGUCUUCUAAAAAAUCGAAGCAGCGCCGGAAGUUAUUUCGAGCAACGCCCCAUAGCUCCUUUUAUCAUCCCUGCACGGUCGUUUGACCACUGCUCCUGCAUAAGCGAUGGGCCGACCCCGGAGGUUAUGAGCACCAAGUAUCUACUCUUCGUGCGCGAGCGGGGGCUGUUCCGGUUCCGUCCGGUCUUUCUGGGCUCGGAAGACCUCACCCUUAACGGGCUUCACCGAGCAAUCAUUGAGGGGUUUAUGAAGAUGCAUCACCGAGUGACGUGGCAAGAGCACCGGGAAAUCUCGUCUGGGCUAGCGGCGCGUAUAAGCUCUUGGGAAAGGCCGGUCGUGCAUCGCGUAUACGAAGUGGGACGCACGCAGAGGCAGGUGCUGUUUGGCAACGGGUCCUUGCAACACGACGCUCAAGUCGAGGCGCUUGUCAAGUCGCAGCCCUGUCCACGGCUCGAAGCAAUCUUUGUGUAG